AAAUGCCCGCUAUUUAAUGCCUAAAUGCAUACAAUUUACAUUCUAAAUACAGCCUAUUACUUAAUUACUUUCGUGUUUCUUGAUAGCUUUAUUUCGCACGAAGGUUGUCAGUGUUGUCACUGUGAUUGAAAAUAACGUGGUGGUGAUUGCAGCUGAUUUCAGUAGGCAGUACGGUAUAUUCGGAAAAAAGUGGAGGUAUCGUUGAAAUUUCUCAACGGGUUUCAGGCAGUUUCUGUCAUCGGGGUGAGGUGCUCGAGUUGACAGAAUGCCGCCGAAAAAAGCGCCGGCGCCGAGCAAGAAAGCGGAGCAAAAGAAGAAGGAGAAAGUUAUCGAGGACAAAACGUUCGGUAUAAAAAACAAGAAGGGCGCCAAGCAGCAGAAGUUCAUUCAGCAGGUUGAGAAGCAAGUGAAGUCGGGUGGUGUAAAUCCCCGUAAAAUCGAGGAUCCUAAUGUCAAAAAGUUGGAGAAGGAGAAAAAGCUGAAGGAGCAGAAGGAACUAGCUCUUAUUUUUAAACCCGUUCAAAUACAAAAGAUAGACAAAGGUAUAGAUCCCAAGUCUGUCGUGUGCGCCUUUUUUAAGCAGGGACAGUGUACAAAGGGAGAUAAGUGUAAAUUCUCGCACGAUUUGAGCAUCGAGCGGAAAGCUGAGAAACGAUCUCUGUAUUGUGAUAUGAGAGAUGACGACGAUAAGGAGGCGGAUACGAUGGAUAAAUGGGAUGAGGAUAAGCUGAAAGAGGUUGUGGAAAAGAAGCAUGGCAGUGGCAAUCGUCCAACUACCGACAUUAUAUGCAAACACUUCUUGGAAGCAGUAGAGAAGUCGAAAUAUGGUUGGUUCUGGGAAUGCCCUUCUGGUCAAAAAUGCAUCUACAGGCACGCUUUACCUCCUGGAUUUGUGUUGAAGAAAGAUAAGAAAAAGGAGGACAAGAAGGAUGAAAUCUCCCUGGAAGAUCUAAUAGAAACAGAAAGGGCUAAUUUGGGACCUAAUCAGACUAAGAUAACGCUAGAGACAUUUUUGGCUUGGAAGAAGAGAAAGUUGAAAGAGAAACAAGAGCAGGCAAUCAGGGAUGAAGAGAAGAAGAGAAACGAUUAUAAAGCUGGUCGUCAAGUCGGCAUAUCAGGAAGAGAAAUGUUUUACUUUAACCCAGAGCUUGCAGCAGGAGACGGUAUCGACGAAGGAGAUGAAGCAAUAUCUAGUUACGCUCGUGAAGAAGAAGAUGAGUCUGAAGAUGUACAGUAUAGGGAACUCGAUACGGACCGCCUUGCUUUCGAAGCUAGCGAAAUAGACAGUAACGGUAUCACAGUAGCAGCUGCAGAUCGAUUAAAGGCCAAUAAUGCAACUGAUGACAAUGAAGAUAUUACAGCGACUGUGGAUGAGGGUGCUAUUGCCGUAGCUAUUAACGAAAAUCUUUUCGUGGAAGAGGACUUAGAGGGUUUGGAAGAAGAACUGGGGGACCUGGACUUGGAGGAGUAAGCCAGAUGUCCCCGAUCGUGUCUCCUCACCACAUCCCUCUUCUAUGUUUUAUUCUUUAAAUACGUAUCACUCGGAUAACCAUUAACCUCAAGUGUGAUGUAUAUUGUAUAUAUUGCAUCGUGUCUACAUAAUAUAUUUGUGCAUUCGAGCAUAUAUACAGAAAGCUGACAUCGCGCAAACAAGUGAUAUACCAGAACUCAACUCAAUACCGUCUCGCAAUAUCUCCACCGAUUAAAAUCGAGUUUGUCCUUUUAUAAUGUCAAGUUUAUCUGAUAAUUAUCUACGAAUAUCAAGAUAUUUAGUGUUAUACGUUAAAUGUACAUUAUUUUUGUAAUAUCGACAUAUGAUAUGGCAUUUACGUCCGAUACAUCAUGUAAUACAAAGACUUCUUCCCCUCUUCUCCAAUUAAACUUUUCUAGCCGUCAGGAAAGCCAUAACAAAAAAAAAUACGAAAUAUACAGUCUAGUCAAGGAAUUGUCGAGAUAUAAUACAGCAACAAAAUGAUAGAAAUAUAGGAAGAUAUCAAAAUUCUAAUAACACAACAUAUUACAUAAUAAUUUAAAUAUACUUUUAUGAGAAUAUUUUUAUAAAACUUUCCUUUUUCUUAGUUUCCAUAGCAAAAGCUUUAGUACUGUUAAAACAUUUUCCUCAUAACAGUCAUGAUAUGCCAUCUGCAAAUUUUUUUGAAUUAUUUUGAACAAAUUUAAAUAUUGUUAUAUUGUAAAAUUUAUUUCUAUCCAGAAAUAUUAAUAGAAAGUAGAUUUAAAAUUUGGCUGUACACAAUAAACUAAUUUAAUUAAAUGUUAUAAUUUUAAAA